AUGGGCGGCGCGGGCAUCAUCCGCUGCUCGCGCUGCCGCACCUACGUCAACCCGCACAUGGCCUGGCUGGACGGCGGCCGCUCCUUCUCCUGCAACGUGUGCGGCACGGUGAACCAGACCCCCGUGGAGUACUUCUCUGCGCUGGACGGCGCGGGGCGGCGCCUGGACCUGGCCGACCGCCCCGAGCUGCGCGCCGGCGCGGUGGAGUACGUGGCGCCGCAGGAGUACAUGGUGCGCGCGCCGCAGCCCCCGGCCUACGUCUUCGUGCUGGACGUCUCCUUCGCCGCGGUGUCCAGCGGCCUGCUGGCCAGCGUCUGCGCCACCAUCCGCGCCUCGCUGGACGCCUUCCACGGCGACUCGCGCACACAGGUGGCCUUCAUCACCUUUGACGCCACGGUGCACUACUACGCGCUGCGCCCCGGCGCGGCCGCAGCGCCCAUGCUCGUCGUGGCCGACGUGGAGGAGCUGUUCGUCCCCCUGCCGGACGAGCUGCUGGGCAACCUGGUGGAGUGCCGCGGCGCGGUGGAGGCGCUGCUGGACUCGCUCCCCGCCGCCUGGGCGGGGGCCACGGGCGUGGACAGCGCCACCGGCCCCGCGCUGCAGGCCGCCUUCCUGGUCAUGAGCCACGUGGGGGGCAAGCUGAUGCUGUUCCAGGCCGCGGCGCCCAGCGUCGGCAUCGGCCGCGUCAAGGCGCGCGACAACCCUUCCCUGUACGGCGGCGACCGCGAGUACUCCCUCCGCGUCCCCGACGACCCCUUCUACAAGCGCUUUGCCGCCGAAUGUUCGCGCUGCCACGUCUGCGUGGAUGUGUUUGCCGCGGGGGCCACCUACAUGGACUUGCCCUCCCUGGGCGCCAUGCCCAAGUACCUGGGCGGGCAGCUCUACUACUACCCGGGCUUCUCGGCGGCGCGGGACGGCGCCAAGCUGCGCGCCGAGCUGGCGCGCAACCUGUCGCGCGAGACCGGCUGGGAGGCGGUGAUGCGCAUCCGGUGCAGCAAGGGCCUGCGCGUCAGCUCCUUCUUCGGCCACUUCUUCAUCCGCACCACCGACCUGCUGUCGCUGCCGGUGGUGGACGCGGACAAGGCCUUCAGCGUGGAGAUCGCGCACGAGGAGAGCGUGCUGACGGGGCAGACGGCGUACGUGCAGUCGGCGCUGCUGUACACCGCGUCCAACGGCGAGCGCCGCAUCCGCGUGCACACCGCCGCGCUGCCCAUCGUGGGCGACCUGGCCGACCUGUACCGCGCGCUGGACGCCGGCGCGGCGGCCGCCCUGCUGGCGAAGGCAGGCGUGGAGCGCAGCCUGGCCUCGCGCCUGGAGGACGUGCGCCUGGGCCUGCACCACAAGGCACUGAUGGCGCUGCGGGAGUGGCGCCUGCUGGUGUCGCGCGGGGCCACGCUGGGCGCCCAGCCCCCGCCCAACGCCAUGCUGCUGCCGCGGCGCGGCCGCACGCUCCCCGCCCUCUGCAUGGGCCUGGCCAAGACCGCCGCGCUGCGCGGCGGCGGCCGCGACGUCAACACCGACGAGCGCAUCGCGGUGGGCCACGCCAUCGUGUCGGGGCCCGUGGACGCGCUCCUGCGCCUGCUCUACCCCGCCGUCUACGCGGUGGCGGGGGCGGAGGCGGGGUGGGGGCGGCCGGGACCCGAUGGCUCCAUCGCCCUUCCCCCGACCGUGCCCGCGGGCGUGGCCUACUGCGACCCCGCCGGCGCCUACCUCAUCGACAACGGCCGCCUGUGCAUCCUCUGGCUCGGCGCCGCCCUGGGGCCGGCCUUCUAUGAACAGGUGUUUGGCAGCGCGGCCGAUGCCGGCCAGGACCCGGGCCAGCUGAGCCUGGAGCCGGCGCGCCCCGGCUCGGAGCUGUCAGCGCGCAUCAACGCCGUGCUGGGCGCGCUGCGCGGCCAGCGCGAGCUGUACCAGGCAAGAGGGAUCCGGGGGGGGAUGAAGGAGGGGUGUUCUUGUGGCUGCUACGUGGUGCGGCAGGGCACGCCUAUGGAGGCCCACGUGGCGCCCUACUUCGUGGAGGACGCGCUGCCCUCCUCGGCCAGCCCCGGCUUCUUCGAGUUCAUGCAGGUGCUGCAGAAGGACAUCCUGGGAAAGUAG